UUUUGCAAAUUAAGCAUUUGUUCUCUAAAUUCUAAGACGGGAAAAACCCAGGUGAAUAGGGAAAAAUAUUCAAAAAGAGACCACCAUGAAACGUACCAAGUUGAAUAUUUAGAUCAGUACAUAGCAUGGUCAGUCCCAUCGCUGAGGACCCUUUGCCUGAGGUGAAUUAACAGCAAAGAGGAUCGUAACAGUUUCACACGCUUUGGUAAGUUUCCUGCUUUUUGAUUUUUUUAGACAAAAAAUGUCAAUAUUCCUUAGUUAUUGAUUGAGCUUGUUAACCCUAUUUAUCCAAAAUGAUACUUUUUCAACCAUAGUGGGUCAAAAUUGUGUAUUUCAAUGAUAUUGAGAUGGCUAGCAACUGGGAGAAAACUAGCUAACAGUUAGCUAACAGUUUUGGAGGGGAAAAAAACAGCUAGCUAGUUUUUUUUUCUUCCAGUUGUGCCCUAAAGAUGACCACCUCUGUUGAUACAAGUUUAUUUCUUAUAAUUCCAACCCAAACAUAGCCCUGUGGCAGCAUAAAUCCCCCUACUUUCUAGCUAGCUAGCUAGCUAACAAGCUAUCAUAGGGCAAUGGAUGCUGGGGAGUGACUGCUGUGACAGGGCUAGAUUUGGGGGGAGGAAUUAUCAAAAAUACAUGUGUCAACAGAGGUGGUAUAUCCUCAAAGGGCCAUACCAGUUAUGAAACAUUCAUGUAACAUUAGGGGUGGGAGAAAAAAUCGAUUCACAUAUACAUCACGAUAUCUUUUUUGACGAUUUUUAAAUAGAUCUUUUUCUUCUUUAUUGUGCAAUGUGCAUUUGUUCGCCUUUUUUACAUACAGAGAGUACAGGUUUUGAAAAGGGUUUAAGUUCACUUUAUAAUGGAGUAUGUUAAUUUGGCUCCUACAGUAUUUGUGUGCAGAUAAAUGUUAAAAAUGCAGACUAAAAAUCGAGAGAAUCGGCAAUAUCGUAGAAUCGUAAUUUAAAUCGAAUCGCCAUCCAAAAAAAUCGUAGAAGAAUCGAAUCGGGAGAAAAGCAUAUCGUCCCAGCCCUAUGUAACAUUUCUUCAUUUUCCAAUCUACAGCUGGGAUGGAGCCAUUCAAAAGGAGGCUUUCACAUGUCUGAAGCAUUGGGAGUCUUCAAAUGGAUCCAAUAACAAACCUGGGAACAGAAGAUGUCUGCCUUUUUUGUUUAAGCAACAAGGGGAGUCUUAGUAAUGCAUCUGACCAAGGAUUGGCAAAAGCUAGGCAUGCUGCCAGAACCAGGAGAAAUCUAAAUGACUCAAAGAACAGUGUUUUGAUUGAUCGUGUUGAAGAUGUAUUGGACUCCACUGCAGCCCAGAGUGUUGUAUGGCAUAAAAUGUGCUAUUCCCACUUCACUGAUAAAAGCAAAUUAGAACGUUUGCAAAAGACAGUGGGUUCUGAACAUGCAGGUAGCAGCAGACAAACUGCACAAGAACAUGCCUCUGAACUUGCAGGUAACAGCAGACAAACAGCACAAGCACAUGACUCUGAACGUGCAGGUAGCAGCAGACAAACGGCAGAAGCACAGCCUUGCAGUAGCAGGCGUUCACUGCGAAUGCAAAUGGAUCCAGUAGAUUGGAGUUUAUGCCUGUUCUGCCAAACAGAUGUUUUGAAGAAACCAUUGAGAUCAGUAAUGACAACAAAACUGAGUGAUCAAAUUAUUCAAGCUUCUUCUUUAGACCAUAACAUUUAUGUUCGGCUGGCUGGAGUGAUUGAUCUAAUUGCAGCUGAGGCAAAAUAUCACUUACCAUGUUUAAGAGCAUUCAUCAGAUCUACGGACAAGACAAAGCAGGCAAUACAAGAACACUCUGGAAACUCAGACUACCCAGACCUUGCGAUGACAUGGCUAUGCAAAGAGCUGCAAGGGGCAGCAGAUAAAGGACAUGUACUUCUUCUCGAUGAUGUCUGGGAACGGUAUAAGGUACUCAGUGAAAAAUCAUCAACCACAAUUCCACUCUCUUACUGCAGUAGAAGGGCAACAUUUCGUGAAAAGUUGCAGUCACAGCUGGGUGACAUCUUCAACUUUUUUCAACCUCUUGAUAGGUGUCCAUCCGAGCGAAAAACCAUACUAAUUCCGACAAAGUACGCAAAUACGGUGGCAAAUACAGCAGUGUUGGAAAUGAUGGAUGAGGAUGAGAGUGAGAAAACAUUGCCUCAGUAUGUGCCUACAGAUGACAGUUUCUUAUCACUUGUACAUGUAGCGCUGAAAAUUCAUCAAGAGUUGAUAGAAACCCCAGGCCAUAAAGGUUUCUCUGUAAGUGAGGAUGACGCUAUUGCAUGUGUCCCAGAUAGUUUAUAUAUGCUACUGAGACUAAUCGUUGGUGGUCAAGAGGCAUUUGAAAAUGACAAUUCUGAAAAGAAUGAAGACCUUCUCCGUAGAAAAGUGCUGAGCAUAGCACAGGACCUGAUCUACUGUGUCAGUCGCGGCAGAAAAUGGACACCUAAACAUAUCGGACUGGCUACUACACUACAUCAGGCUACACGAUCAAAACAGCUGGUAGAGUUAUUCAACAAGGCCGGCCACUGUUUGAACUAUGAGCAGGUGAUGAAGGUAGACAAUGCCUUAGCUGAGAGUACCUUAAAAUCUAUGGACCCAGCAACCGGUGCCAUUAUUCCACCAAACAUGGUAGCAAAUCGAUUCAUCCACUUCACUGCUGACAACAUUGACAUCCUUGAUGAGUCCUUAGAUGGAAAGAACACCUUUCAUGCAACCCAAAUGGCAGCCUGGCAACGGGGAAAAAAAGAUAUAGAACUUGACAUGCUGAAGCCCUCCACUAGCCGUACACUGGUUGUGCCAGAUGUCCUGGAGAACCUGCACCACGUCAAUGUACAUUCUGCCACAAGCAAGCCAGUAUUCACAUCACAUGUUAACAAGACCUGGUUUACCAGACCUAAAGGAGACAGUGAGUGUGUGAAACAAGCACAAGCAACAGACAUGGCUUUCUUCCUGCGACGUCAGGAUUCUGAACCCAAACCUUCUUGGACCGUUUUCAAUCAGUCAGUCUCGUCAAAGGAACCAGAGCAGACAGCAGUAGGAUAUUUGCCAAUAGUCCUUGCUCCAGCUCAUGAGUAUGAUACGCUCAAUACAGUUGUGAAGAGGUGCAUGGCAAUAUCAUCACAUUUUGGCCAGGAGCAUACAGUCAUAACAGUGGACCAAGCUCUUUACUGCAAGCUCAUGGAACUGAAGUGGUGUGUUGAGGAAUAUCAGGGCAAGUUAAUCCCUCGGCUUGGUGGACUUCAUAUUGCAAUGAACUUCCUAAAGACUAUCGGAGAUCACAUGGCUGGGUCUGGUCUAGCUGAAGUGUGGCUGGAGAGUGGAUUGCUGGGGGAGGGUGCUGUCAUGCUUGUCAUGUCAGGGAAAGCAUACAACAAGGGUAUGAGAGCUCACAAACUGACCUUGCAGGCCCUAUGGCAGCUUUUGUUGCCAACAUUCCUCGCGUUUGCUGCAGAAUCAAACAAGGAAUGCCAUGAUGAGAUCUCUGCUAUGGCUGCUGAUGAAAAUCCUGAAAUGAUUCCUCAGUUGAUAACAUAUCUGAAGCAGGAACAGUUUGACAGUCUCCUCAAAGAUUUCAUCGCAAGUAAAUCUGAAGAUGUCAACUUUGUCUUCUGGUGGAACUACAUGGAUAUGGUCUCAACACUGUUGCAGUUUACACGAGCUCAGCGUGAUGGACUCUGGGAGCUUCAUCUUCACUCCUUCAGCUGGAUGUUGCCGUACUUCAUGCGAUAUGACCACCUGAACUAUGCAAGAUGGGGGCCAGUGUAUAUUGCUGAGAUGCACCAACUCCCAGAACCUGUACUAUCUGAGUUCCAAAGAGGCAACUUUGUUGUGAAGCGGUCCGAUCAACGAUUCAACCAGGUCGAUCCAGACCAAGCAAUGGAGUGGAUCAACGGAACAGGGAAAAAAGGAGGGGGGAUCAUUGGCAUUACUAAGACACCUUCAGCCCUUUCCAGAUGGACACUCUCCUACAACAUGAGGUCCCAUGUAGCAGAAGAGACACAUUUGAUGUUCAGCAACACACCUGAGAAAACCUACGUCCACAAUGAAGCUACCAAAUCCCGUGAAAAGAGAGACAACAGAGACGAAAUGGCAUUGGUUUUAGUCUUCAAAGGGUUCAAGGUGUUUGAUUCAGUCUCCUCAGGCUCAUUGCAAAAUCUCGCCACGAAAGACGUUGCCACAGAGGCUAUCCAAAGCUCAUUACUUUCUGCCAAAGACCUAGGACAAGAAAAAGUGAAUUCAUUCAUUGAGAAAAGGAUGAUUGUUCCUGAGGACAAAGAUAAACCAGAGGUCCCAAUCCAUGCAACCCUACAUAAGAGCAAAGCUAAAACAUUUGCAUCUCUGUAUGAAGUGGCCAAAAAUCCUAAAAUCAAAGACAACAGAACUGUCAUAAAGGCUGACCGAAACAUUCUCAAACGCCUUGUUACGGCCUAUGAGGCAGGUCGUCCAGUUGACUUACCAGCUGUCCUAAAACACGAGCUUCUGCCAGUUCCCAUAUCCCUUGCUGAAAUGAAUGGGACACUUCGCACUGGAAACAAGUCUGUAUUAGUAAAUAAGUUAACUGAAGACAUAGUCUGUCCUGAGGCUAUUGAACUUCCCGACAUGUCAUCUUGUCUCAUCAUAGAUGGACAGGCACUUGUGGUUGCCCUUGGAAAGCCAGACAAAGCAGUAACAUUUGGGGAUCUGGCCGACACAUUUGUCAGAGCAGUGUUGAAAGCAGGAUGUUACUAUAAAAGGAUAGACGUUGUGUUUGACAGAUACAGAGAAGAGACCAUCAAGGGUGCUACCAGGACACGACGCACAAAAGCAGCUCAACCAAUCAGACGACUUGUUGAGGGUCGUGAUGUGCCUCUUCCAAAAAACUGGACCAAUUUCCUGUCCCUCCCUGACAACAAAGCUGAUCUUGCCAAUCUACUCUCUGAAGAACUAUGUGCUCAGGCACCGGAUGAUAAAGAGAUAGUAGUUGCUGGUGGGUUCAGAGACGAAGAGACGGAGGUUAGGUCAUCAAAAGCAACAACCAACCUGACUCAUCUGAGAGCCACACACGAAGAGGCAGAUACCCGAUUGGUAUUACAUGCAGUGCACUGCCAGUCAGACACAGUAGUCGUGUCAUCUAGAGACACUGAUGUACUUGUGAUUCUCGUUUCCCAUUUCCCACACGUAGCAUGUAAAAAACUCUGGCUGUUGUCUGGUACCACAAGGAAGCCACAAUAUAUACCAAUUGAUGCUGUUUUUAACAAACUGCCAAAGGAUUCAGCACCAAGCCUUGUAGCAUUUCAUGCACUAACUGGUUGUGAUACCACAUCAUACAUUGCAAGUCACACCAAAAGUACAUCAUGGAAAGUCUGGAAAAUGCACCAUCAAUUGCUCAGCAACCUCGGAAUUGGUGAUCUCACGGAGGAGACUCAAAGAUCUUCAGAGGCUUUUGUCUGCAGAAUAUAUGAUGUGCAUAAAACAGACUCUGUUGAUGCAGCAAGGCAUAUACUUUUCUCCAGGACAGGUAAACCAGAAGCAAUGCCGCCUACAAGCGAUGCGCUCCACUUCCAUCUGCUGAGAGUACACUACCAGGCAAUGGUUUGGAGAAAUGCUCACUAUGCCACACCUGAGCUUCCUUCACCCUUGGACAUGGGAUGGAAAGAUGGUGAUUCAGGACUACAGCCCAUUCUUAUGUCACAGAACCCAAUACCUGAAAGUUGCCUGGAAAUGAUCAGGUGUGCCUGUAAAAAACAAUGCACAACACGCCAGUGCAAAUGCCGAAAAUCGGGGCUGUUAUGCACUGCAAUGUGUACAUGUCAGAGUGAUGACCAAUGUCCUUGUUUAAAUGUGGAGUUGUAGUCCUCAAGCAUACCAAGGCAAUGGGUAACCAAAGAACUUGGAAAAGGACUGCAGAAAGAAAUACUAAUCAAAAUGAAAUUCCAAAGACAAAUGGCACACAAGCAAACUAGAAAGGUAUAAAAACAAUUUACCAAAACAAGUGACCUAUGGAACUUACAGAAGACAGAUGAAAGCAAAGCAAUUCAGCUAGAAACAUGAAAGAAAAUAUACAGAAACAAGAUGUGAUCUGUAGAACUGUUCAAGGGAAGUUUCAUGUUUUUUUUUUCCCUAUUCACUUGGGUUUUUCGAUGUUUGAAUUAAGAGCAUUAUGCUUUGUUUGCAUAAAAAAAUGAAUUCUCAGACAACUUGCAAUGGUGUUUUUCUUAGUUAUUAUGUAAUAUGGAAUACAUCACAUAUCAUAUAUACACUGGGAACAUUUAAGAGUGAUAUUGACUGAAUAUUUAUGUCGGCCUUAAAAAAUGACACAAAUAAUGCUUAAUUUCACCUUAAAAGUUGGUAUUUUGCAUAUAUAUAUACAUAAAAAAGGCACUGAGCCUCCACUAUAUCCUUGCUCUGACCCCAGACUAUAGAUCUAGACACUUAAUUCAUCAUCUUUGAUUGCCUACUUACAAAAAAACUUGGGGAAAAUGGUCCAACGACUGAGCAAGAUAGGGAGUUUGGCGGCCAUUUUGAUAUGCAAAUUAGAAGGUCAAAAACUCAAAAUUUCGCUCGGGUACCGGUUUUUUUGGAUUCAGCACCCUUGAAAUAUGUAAAGUAGGCCGGUUCCCAACUUGUACCCA